UUCUCCUGGGGGAUGGGGCAAGAGGGACAGCUUGGACUCGGAGAGGACAGACUGCACGUAUCGACUCCUAGCCUUCUCAACUCUUCACAGCUUUCUGAGGUCUCGCAGAUACGAGCUGGGGACAGCUACAGUGCAGCUGUCACAGCAGGUGGAGAUCUGCUUCUCUGGGGUCAGAUCCCCUGUGUUUCCCGGGUCACAUAUCAUGCAGGCCCCAAAGGGCUCUGGACCCCCCAGCCUUUUCCACUAGCUGGCCGAAAGAUGAUCAGUGUUGCCUGUGGUGCAUGGCACAUCAUGGCUCUCACCACAAAGAGCAGAAAGAAGAACAGACAGUGUGCUCACCCAGAAACUCAAACUCACUUCAGAGACCUUCCUCACUUCAGAGACCUUGUCAGAAAACCCUCACCAAUAGAGCACACAGAGAAAGAAAACACGGCACAGGGCUCCAGACAUGUCAAACACAAACUGGUUCAAGGUUCGGAAAGUCCAGAAGGCUUUGAGGAGCAAGAGACAGAUGAAGAAAGUGAAAGUGCAGAGGAAAAAGAAAGACAUGAACAAAAACCAUACACAGAUGAGGCAAUGUCUGCAACAGAAACGGAUGGGACAGGAAGUGGCCACUCAUCAAUCAAAUCCAAGCAGGGGGAUGAUACAGAGGGUUGUCAGACAGCAGUGUGGUUUGAGCCAAGGAGCAGAACAUGCAGAAAUAGUCAAGGCAGUCUUCACGUAGUCUUCACUACACUGCAUCUUUUACCUAGGUCAGACGGCAAGCAAUGCAGGCCCACUGCUGGCACUCUCCCCCAGCUAUCAAAGGGACAACAAGCUCAAAGCAGAAUUUCAUCUGGGGCUCAAAAGGCGACAGCAGCAUUUUGCAGAGCCCCGAGCUCAGGCCUGCACCCAGACCUCCUGUGAAAUGUCCUGGAACUCAAUUUGUAACCUCUUGUCACCAUCCAAGAACGGGACCACACAGUGGCCUUAAGUCUUCCAUUUACAGAUCUUCUUCAAUCUCUAGCUCUGGACAGCAAGUUCACACAUUCCCUUCCUCCCAUUUGAGAUCGCAGGUUGAAACCUCUCUUUCUCAAACUCCUCCUUCAUCUAAGCCAUUUAAAAAGUGCUCUGCAAACAGAAGACAAGCUUUUUCCUUUGGCAUUACUCCAAGAAUUCACAGGUCUACUUCUGCCCACCAGUGAACCAAGUGAAUGUGUAUGCAACUUUUUUUUGUUAUCCUAAACAUGUAUAUUUCUUAACCAAAAGCCGCAAAAAAAAUCACUGGCUAUGGAAUUGUGCUCUCUGUUAUCUACUUGAUAAUGGAUGUAAAGCUAAAUAUUUUUGCUUGCAAAAACAACCUUCUGCUCUGGAGGAGCUCUCCAAAACAGAGUCCAGAUGAGCAUUAAUAGGGUCCAAUUUACCCCUGUGAUCACACAUUCUGAUUUGGCAAGUACGUUCCUCCGAUAAGCCAUCUCAGUCAACAACACUCCUGAAACUUGACCUUAUUUGAAGGCAUUAGACUUUUGUCUAAUGCCCUACAGUCAAAGCCGUGUGUAGAAAAUGCUGAGACCUUGAAUCACAUCAUUUCAACAGAACUUGAGAAGGUUGAGGGUUGUUGUUUCUUACCCUACACACUGCGCCACAUUCAUUUUAAUGCUUACAGUAUGUUGUUUAUUAAAGACAUAACGCCUUCUCGGAUCUUGGCCUCUUGUAAGACAUUUUCACGGUGAGGCAUUUUCAUGGCUGUCCGUCUCUUCGGUAUGAGUCACAUGUGUUUGCCACUGUGGCUCUUUUCAGUUUGAGGAAAUUGAUUUGUUGCACAGAUAAUGUGAGCUUGCUCUUUGUCUUUGUUGUCUUGUUUCAUGUCUGUCAGUGUGUCCUUUAUUAUUGUGGUAUGCAAACUGGCUCUUUAACUAAAUGCUUAGUGCAAAACCUUUUAUCAUCCACCUUUAAAAACACCUGUCUGUCAUGUAACAAGUUGGCUUUUUUUUUUUUUAGUUAUAUUCAGUUAUUGGAAGUUGUGAUUUUUGUUGUAACAAGAAAUUGUUUGUAAGGAAAGGGUUUGUUAGUUUUAAUUGCCGC